AUGAGCAAAUCGCUCUUACGCUCCGCGCUGGAGCUUCGCAGCCCAGUGACGCGACUGCCCCCGACGUUCCUGCUCCCCAUCCGAGCACGCUGGAUAUCUUCCUCAUCCUCGCAGGCACCGACAGAGCCCACACCCCAGCCCGCAGCCGCAGGCCCCGUCCCAGACUCAGUCCUCCAGCUCCUCCCCCUCCUGCGGUCCCAGCCCAACCACUACAUCACAGUGCACAUCAACGGCCGCCCUUACCUCGUGACCCCGGGCGACUCGGUCCGCCUCCCCUUCCUGAUGCCCGGCGUCGCCCCCGGCGACGUCCUGCGCCUGAACCGCGCCUCCGUGCUCGGCUCGCGCGACUUUACCCUGCGGCCCACCAACCCGUCCGUCCGGAAGUCCGAGUCCAACGAGGUCGCCUAUAUCGACGAGAGGCUGUUUGAGUGCCGCGCCACCGUCGUCGGCGUCGACAGCGAGCCCAUGCGCAUCAAGGAGAAGACGAAGCGCAGGAACAGGAGGGUCCGCACUGUGAAGAGCAAGCACCGUUAUACCGUCUUGCGCAUCAGUGAGCUGAAGAUCAAGAGCCCCGCCGAGGUAGAGGGGUAAAGUGUUUCUGUGUCUGUGCCUGUGUAUCAAACGGAGCCUUUUGGGGGGGGGGGGGUGAGAGAUACUGGACAGGCUGGAUACCAACCAGGCCGUGGGCAUGUGUGAGCUGUGCACAUUGAAGUAAAGAAGAAAAAGAGAGAAGGUAGAG